AUGGAACAGAAAACUUCUUUUGAUCCUUCCUGGAUCAACAAGGUCAUCGAUUUUGAGGCCUCUGACACCUUCCCCCUCAAGCAGUGGAAGAUUGUGGACAAGUUGAAUGAGAUAUCCGUUCAGAAUGACGAGGAAGACGACGGGGAAGAAUCUGGGCAUGCGCAUAUGCAGGCCAUUGCUAUAUUUGAAUGUGUAAAUCAUAUGGACGCCUGUGAAUCUGCAUUUAUGAAAAUUUACAUGCAGAUUCCAUAUACAGGCUCGGAUAAUUCUCAGCCUGAGGAUAGGGCUCAGCAAGCAUUACCCAAGGCUGAAAUAACCGAAGAAAUGGCUUUGCUCGCUUUGACGAAACAGGGGUGUAAAUCCAUUUCACCGGUUUUCAACUGGAAAAGAGAAGAGCAGGAUGAAUCAGGACCUGUUCCUGGAGGUUACCUUGUCUACUUAGUGGUAGCAGACCUACCUGGAGUUCGUAUAAGUCGUGAUGAUUAUUGGAACCUUUCACGAAAACAGCGUGAUGAGGUUCGUGAUGCUUUCAAGGUAGCAUACACGGACUGCUUGAGCUGUGGCAUUAUUCGCACCUCAGGCGUACUAGGCACAAGCCUGAUUUGGGAUAAGGCUAGUAAGAAAAUGUUUAUUGUGGGUUUUAGGUAUAGUCGUGCUGCGACUGAGAAGGAUGUCUGGGGCAGCCAUCUUUGGUUGGCCUGGGGGUUUGGGGAACGUCGUCGAGAAGUCUCAAAUAUGCCACAACCAUUACCAUCAGACAUACUGGAAGAUGGAAGCAUAAAUGAGGCACUAUGGGAACUCUGA